CCACACCAUCUAUUUAUAUAUAUGUGCAACAAUCUGCAUACCAAACUAGCACGAAAAAGUACCAGCAAAACUCCCAUCCAUGGCAUUCAUAAGCUCAAAAGAAAUUGUAUUCCGACCGAUUUUCCGAUCUGGCUGUCUCUUUCUAUUAAUCUUUAUUGUGAGUUGUACCCCGCCCAGGGACCCCAUCAAAUGUUCAUCAAAGAAUACAAAUUGCACCAUCACAAACUCCUACGGUAUCUUCCCCGAUCGAAGCGUGUGUGGAGCAGCUGAGGUGGCGUAUCCGUCGACAGAGGAAGAACUCAUUUCAGUGGUAGCAACAGCAACCAGGGAGAGAAGGAAAAUGAAGGUGGCAACACGUUUUUCACACAGCAUCCCCAAGCUAGUUUGUCCCGACGGCCAAGAUGGGCUGCUAAUAAGCACCAAGUACCUCAACCAUAUCUUGAAGAUUGAUGUUGAAGCUAUGACGAUGACUGUGGAGAGCGGCGUGACAUUGAAGCAGCUAAUAAAUGAGGCCGCCGAGGCCGGGCUGGCAUUGCCUUAUGCGCCAUACUGGUGGGGCUUGACAAUUGGUGGCCUAUUGGGCACGGGUGCGCACGGUAGCACAUUGUGGGGCAAGGGGAGCUCGGUCCAUGAUUAUGUUGUGGAAUUUCGGAUUGUUAGUCCAGGAAAGCCCGAGGAUGGGUAUGCGAAGACUCGGAGUCUCAGCGAUGGUGACGAAGCUUUUAAUGCAGCUAAAGUUUCACUUGGAGUUCUUGGAGUUAUUUCACAGGUCACUCUAAAACUACAACCCCUCUUCAAGCGAUCCAUCACCUACUUGACGAAGGAUGAUUCAGACUUGGGAGAUCAAGUGGCAAGUUUUGGAAAUGCACAUGAGUUUGCGGAUAUAACUUGGUACCCUAGCCAACGCAAGGCAGUCUAUCGAAUCGAUGACCGUGUCUCCACAAACACGUCAGGCAAUGGUCUAUAUGAUUUUAUGCCAUUCCGCUCUACACUUUCAGUAGAAUUGGACGCCCUCAGAACCACAGAGGAAUUCCAAGAAUCCAACAGUGAAGCUGAAGGGAAGUGCAUCGGCGCUAAAGCAAUUAUAUAUACACUCACGACUGCUGCCUAUGGUUUAAGUAACGACGGUAUUCUGUUUACCGGCUAUCCUGUUAUUGGAUAUCACAACCGCCUUCAAUCAUCCGGAAGCUGCCUAGAUAGUCAUGAAAAUGCAUUAAUCACAGCGUGUGCAUGGGACCCGAGAGUCAAGGGUGAGUUUUUUCACCAAACAACAUUUAGUAUUGGCUUGUCCAAGGCUAAGAGCUUCAUCCAAGAUGUCCAAAAACUAAUAGAAUUGGAGCCUAAAGCAAUGUGUGGCGUAGAACUUUAUAAUGGAAUCCUCAUGCGCUAUGUUAAGGCUUCGAGUGCUUACUUGGGGAAGCAAGAAGAUGCAGUGGAUUUUGAUAUUACUUAUUAUCGAAGCAAAGACCCCAUGGCUCCUAGGCUUUAUGAAGACGUACUAGAAGAAGUUGAGCAACUCGCGCUUGUCAAGUACGCGGCAUUGCCUCAUUGGGGGAAGAAUCGGAAUCUGGCAUUCAAUGGAGCAAUCAAGAAGUACAAAAAUGCGAGAGGGUUCUUGAAGGUUAAGGAAGCGUAUGAUCCAUUGGGGCUCUUCUCUAGCGAGUGGACAAACCAAAUUCUUGGAUUAAAAAAUGGGGUGACUAUAGCUAAGGAGGGUUGUGCGCUAGAAGGGUUGUGUGUAUGCUCACAAGACAGUCAUUGUUCUCCAAGCAAGGGCUAUUAUUGUAGACCAGGAAAAGUAUACAAAGAUGCAAGGGUUUGUACUCGUUCGACUUCUGGGAAGCAUUCUGAAUUGUAGAAAUAAAUGGAGGCAGCGCCCGGCCAUGAGUUGGAAGCUAUCCAGUCAUUUAGUUUUCUGCAUGAACGUUUUGGACGUUAUUUCCACAUAAUUCAUUACAUGUAAUUCAAUAGCCUUAAAAACAUGUUUUUCAUUUGUGUCAAAACUAACCCACUACAAAAAAAAUAAAAAAAUAAAAAACCCUACUUCGCAGCCAAA